CAAGAUCAUUUUGAUUUGGCUGGAUAUACCGAUGCUGACUUUGCUGGUAGCUUAACAGACAGGAAGAGUACUUCUGGUAGUUGUCAAUUUGUAGGUACUUCCUUGGUAUCAUGGUCUUGUAAAAAGCAAGCUGCUGUUGCUUUAUCCACUGCUGAGGCAGAAUAUCUUGCUACUGGCAGCUCCUGUGCACAACUUCUUUGGCUUAAAACCCAACUUGGUGACUAUGGUAUGACUGUUUCAUCUAUUCCCUUGUUUUGCGACAAUACUAGCGCCAUAUGCAUGUCCAAGAAUCCUGUCCAGCAUUCUAGAACUAAGCAUAUUGAUAUCAAAUUUCAUUUCAUUAGGGAAUUAGUUCAGGCAGAAAUCAUUGAGCUUUCAUAUAUUUCUUCGGAAUUUCAACUUGCCGACUUGUUUACCAAGCCAUUGUCUGCAGAUCGAUUUCAUUUCCUUAGUUAUGAGAUUGGUAUGCGAUCCCAGUCCUCUCUAACGGAGGUAAUUGGUGAUCUUGUCUCCUAAUCAGUUCUUUCCUUUUGAUUUUUUUUGUUCUUUUUAGUUUCUUUGUCUUUUUGGUUUCUUUGUCUUUCCUUUUGUGGGUUAGCUUUUAUUAUUGACUGCGUUUUUAUCGUCUUAGUCUUAGGUUUUUCUCUGUAUUUAUAUGUGUGAGUUCUGUGUCUUUUCAUUCACCCUAGCUUUUGUGUCUUCUCGUUUUCUUUAGCCUGUUGCAAUGUCUUUGCCAUUUCUUAGCACGUUUACUGGCACUCUGUUUUUAGAUCCCAUUCCUGCUAACGCCCAUCGUCAUACCCUGUUUUUUGCCAAUCGAGAGGUGCUUCCCUCAUAUCAUGUUCAGCUUCAUGAUAUGAUUGAAGUUGGACUUGAUGUGCGUCCCUUCAUUCAAAAUCUCGGAUGGACCUUUCUGUUGGAUCAUCCUUUUUCCUCUGUCAUUUGUCCUGAUGCUGUGCGCUUCUUUUACUCCUAUCUUCGGUUUACUCAGCUCAGCUCUUGUUUUUUUCACCACCCUGGUUUUUGGCAAUCUCCUCACUAUUCCUGUGGCUAAAGUUGAGCGUUCUCUUUAUAUCCCUGCCAUUGGUGAGAAUCUUGCUGAUGCCUCUGAGUUGGCUCUUUUCAAUUUUGAUAUCUCAGCUGAGUUCCGCCAGCUUACAGGGCAAUUUCCUGGUCCUAACCUUUCCUUGCCUAUCUCAGCUCUUCUGCCCUCCCUUCGAGCUCUUCAUUUCUAUAUAUCUCAUGUGUUUUUGCCUCGUUCUGGUGACUUCAACCUGAUUACUCCUGUGGAGCUUUGGGUUCUGGUUCACGCAGUUCAUGGUGUCCCUCUCAGUUAUGCUGACCUCUUCUUUGGUCAUGCUAUAUCCUUUUGCGAUGUGAAUGUCACUUCACCCCUUCCUUUUGGCCCUCUUAUUACCACUUUGCUUUCGCGCAUUCGUGUCAAUAUCCAGCCCUUCCGAUCCAUCACUCCCUCUGUCUAUCUUACUGCCGACGAUGUCAUGGAUCUUCUGGAAAUAGCAGUUGAGGGGGAGAAUGGUGAUGGACAUGUUGUUGUUCUUAGUAGCAGCAGUGAUUCUGAUGAUGGUAAUGGUGGUGAUGUCCCAGAACUGGCUCCUUUUGCAGCAGCCCUUCAAGCUCUUUAUGGCUCUGAUUCUGAUGGUGAAGAGGCUCAAUCUCAGGGGGAGGAGUGAGUAGUCUUUUUGGCAGGGUAGAACUGAUUCUGAUCGGGUUCUGAUUUGUGUUUCGGAUUUUGGUUCCUUGUUGCAAGUUUUUAGGGGGUUGCCUUGCUGUUUGGUUUGCCUGACCAGGCUGUGGUCUUUAUCUUUCUUUCUGAAUGGUUGGAUGUUCUUUUUGUUGCAAGUUUCUGGAUAUUCUCCUAGUUUAACCUAGGAUGUGUUUGGUUCUGUGAAUGUCUGGUGCAUUUGAUCUGGUGUAUGCCUUGGAGGAAUCUCUUGUGUUCUGUUUUGCAGGUUUAAUCAGCAACUUGCUAUUUCCAACUUAGGGGGAGAUUGUUGAAAGAAGGAAAGUUGGAAAUCAAGGAUCAGUGGCGGC